AUGGAUGUGAUUGGACCUAUCGAACCCCCUGUAUCAAAUGGACAUCUCUUCAUCUUGGUGGCCAUCGAUUAUUUCACUAAAUGGGUCGAAGCUUCAAUGUACAAGGCAGUAACAAAGAAGGUGGUAGCAGAUUUUGUUCGCAACAAUAUAGUUUGCCGAUUUGGGAUUCCAGAGUCAAUUAUCACAGAUAAUGCAGCCAAUCUCAACAGCGAUCUUAUGAGAGAGACUUGUGAAAAGUUUAAGAUUGCCCACCGAAAUUCCACAGCUUAUCGACCACAGAUGAAUGGAGCAGUCGUGGCAGCAAAUAAGAACAUCAAGAAGAUCUUAAGGAAGAUAACAGACAGUCACAAGCAGUGGCAUGAAAAGUUUCCAUAUGCUUUGCUCGAAUGGAUACGUAGUAGACACGAACAGUUGAUGCUCAUUGAUGAGAAAAGGAUGGACGCUGUCUGUCACGGUCAGCUUUAUCAGAACAGGAUGUCCAAGGCAUUUAACAAGAGAGUAAGGCUUAGGAAAUUCGAACCAGGGCAGUUGGUUUUAAAGCGAAUAUUUCCUCAUCAGGACGAAGCUAAAGGGAAAUUCGCACCAAAUUGGCAAGGUCCGUACGUGAUAUAUCGAGUGCUUUCAGGAGGAGCAUUAAUUUUGGCAGAAAUGGAUGGUAAAGUGAGCACGAAGCCCAUCAACUUAGACUCGAUCAAGAAGUACUACAUCUGA